AGGAGGAGAGGGACUGGUAAUGUCCUGUUAGUGGGGUCAUGCGGAUCCUCUAGCUGCGUGUGUGUGUGUACGUGAAGCGCAGGUCUGUGUAGGCCUGGAAGUGGGAACUGUAGCUUGUUUGGCAGUCGGCAGUGGAAAGACUCGAGGGAGGAUGCAGCAUUUAGCCCCCAGGGAAUGGAAGCUGUUUCCGGCAUCUGAGCUCAGGUAGUUUGGCAGCUAAAUGGAGUCUGAGCAGCUGUUUCAGAGGAGCUAUUAUCGCAACAGUUACAACAGUAUUACUAGUGCAAGCAGUGACGAGGAGCUCUUGGAUGGAGCUGGUGGCAUGAUGGACUUCCAUACGCUGGAAGAUGACAGUUUGUUGGAUGGUGAUGCAUCUAUCGGUACACAUUACACAGUGACAAAUGGAGGUGCAAUUAGUAGCACUACUCACCUACUGGAUCUCCUAGAUGAACCUAUCCCAGGAGUGGGGACCUAUGAUGAUUUUCAUACCAUAGACUGGGUGCGGGAAAAAUGCAAAGACAGAGAACGACACAGGCGGAUAAACAGCAAGAAGAAAGAAUCGGCAUGGGAACUAGCAAAAAGUCUGUACGAUGCCUGGUCUGGAUGGCUGGUAGUCACUCUUACUGGUUUAGCAUCAGGUGCCCUCGCAGGCUUUAUAGACAUUGCUGCAGACUGGAUGGCAGAUUUAAAAGAAGGUAUUUGUAUGACGGCAUUUUGGUUUAACCAUGAACAGUGCUGCUGGGACUCCAAAGAGGCAACAUUUGAAGAGAGAGACAAGUGCCCUCAGUGGCAGACAUGGGCAGAUCUAAUAAUUGGCCAAGCAGAAGGUCCUGGAUCUUAUAUAAUGAAUUAUAUCAUGUACAUUUUUUGGGCACUCAGUUUUGCCUUUCUUGCUGUGUGUCUUGUGAAAGUAUUUGCCCCUUAUGCUUGUGGUUCAGGAAUUCCAGAGAUUAAAACUAUUUUAAGUGGAUUCAUCAUCCGAGGAUACCUGGGAAAGUGGACAUUAAUGAUAAAAACUGUCACACUGGUUCUUGCUGUGGCCUCAGGUUUAAGUUUAGGGAAAGAAGGACCAUUAGUACAUGUUGCAUGCUGUUGUGGCAACAUAUUUUCCUACCUGUUUCCCAAGUACAGCACUAAUGAGGCAAAGAAAAGAGAGGUUUUGUCAGCAGCAUCAGCUGCUGGUGUUUCUGUUGCUUUUGGAGCUCCCAUAGGUGGUGUACUUUUUAGCCUGGAAGAGGUAAGCUACUACUUCCCUUUAAAGACAUUGUGGAGAUCAUUCUUUGCAGCCUUAGUAGCAGCAUUUGUUCUAAGGUCAAUCAACCCUUUCGGGAACAGCCGUCUUGUCCUUUUCUAUGUAGAGUAUCACACCCCAUGGUAUUUGUUUGAACUCAUCCCAUUUAUCCUAUUGGGUGUAUUUGGAGGACUUUGGGGAGCGUUCUUUAUCCGUGCAAACAUUGCCUGGUGCAGGAGGCGCAAAACAACCAGGUUUGGGAAGUAUCCAGUAUUGGAGGUUAUCAUCGUGGCAGCCAUCACAGCAGUUAUUGCUUUUCCCAAUCCGUACACACGUUUUAACACCAGCCAGCUGAUAAAGGAGUUAUUCACAGAUUGUGGGCCUCUAGAAUCCUCUUCUUUGUGUGACUAUAAAAACGAUAUGAACAGCAGCAAAAUUGUGGACGAUAUACCUGACCGCCCUGCAGGGACUGGGGUGUACUCGGCAAUCUGGCAGUUGUGCUUGGCUCUGGUGUUCAAGAUUAUUAUGACCGUCUUCACUUUUGGCAUUAAGGUCCCUUCAGGCCUGUUUAUCCCAAGCAUGGCGAUUGGUGCCAUAGCAGGGCGUAUUGUGGGAAUUGCAGUGGAACAACUGGCUUAUUAUCAUCAUGACUGGUUCAAGGAGUGGUGUGAAGUGGGAGCUGACUGUAUAACUCCUGGGCUAUAUGCUAUGGUUGGUGCUGCUGCAUGUCUAGGUGGUGUGACACGGAUGACAGUCUCUCUUGUAGUCAUAGUAUUUGAGCUAACUGGGGGCCUUGAAUAUAUUGUCCCCCUUAUGGCGGCAGUGAUGACCAGUAAGUGGGUUGGGGAUGCCUUUGGAAGGGAAGGUAUAUAUGAAGCUCAUAUACGGCUCAAUGGAUAUCCAUUUUUGGAUGCCAAGGAGGAAUUCACACAUACAACUCUGGCUCGUGAUGUGAUGAGACCAAGAAGAACCGAUCCUCCAUUGGCUGUUCUAACUCAAGAUAAUAUGACGGUUGAUGAUGUUGAAAGUCUCAUCAAUGACACCAGCUACAAUGGCUUCCCUGUCAUCAUGUCUAAGGAGUCACAGCGCCUCGUGGGAUUUGCUCUGAGAAGAGAUUUGACAUUAGCCAUAGAAAAUGCAAGAAAAAAGCAAGAAGGUAUCGUUGGUAGCUCUCGAGUGUGCUUUGCCCAGCACACCCCAUCCCUUCCUGCAGAAAGCCCUCGCCCGCUUAAGCUACGCAGCAUCCUAGACAUGAGUCCUUUCACCGUGACUGACCAGACACCAAUGGAAAUAGUGGUGGACCUAUUCCGUAAGCUGGGGCUCAGACAGUGCCUUGUGACGCACAAUGGGACUGUCUUGGGGAUCAUCACAAAGAAGAACAUAUUAGAACUUCUCGAGCACCUAAAGCAGCACGUGGAACCCUUGGCGCCUCCUUGGUAUUAUCACAAAAAAAGAUAUCCUUCGUCACAUGGCCCAAAUGGCAAAUCACGAUCCCGAGUCGAUCAUGUUCAACUGAACAACAUCUCCGAGGAAGACAGGGAAGAAAGUGAAGAGGAGGUAUCUUUGCUAAAGAACUCAAUGCCCUGAGCAGAGGGUAACCUGGAUUGUUGAAUAAAUUCAAAAGGAAGGUGUUUGGCAACAUUGUUGCACUCCUUUUCUGCUUUCAGGAGAAACAGAGCCCUUAUCUCUGCUACAUGUGACAAUGAUAAAGCCCAUGUCCCAGAGGGGAGUGUAAUAGCCCGAUUGUAUGUAGCAGCUGACUGGGCCGUGCACAGGAGUAUUUAAGGCUCAUCGUUGUUAAUGGGGAUUACACUGAGUCUGAGCCAUCUUUAUUUAAGACUUAGUACCCUUUUUAUCACCAGAACAUAAUGUUUCAACCGUCAGUUGUCGUUUAUUACACUUUGAUUAUUUUGUACAUUCCUAAACAGGCAGACUCUCUCCUCCCUUCUUCCUACCCACAAUUCCUCAGUAAAUUCCCAGAGUAGACUUUUAGAACAGUAUUGUCUCAUAUUGAGAGAGACUGUACAUUUUCCGAAGCAGCAUCAAACACAAGAAUAUGCUUUGUUGUGCCAUAUACAGUAGCAGUGAGCUUGUGCCAGAUGCAGGGCAUAGAAGUCUUUAGUCCAGCAGCUUACAACCAUGGCGUGGCUUCAGAUCAUCCACGUGUGCUCUGUCCAAUGAUGUGAAGUGGUUUACGCAAUUUUAUUUUUGUAUUGCUGGAACCCCUUGACUCUGCAUAUGUUUUGCAUUUCCCUGAGCCACAUCGAAGGCACAAUUUGCACAGGAGCCGCAAUGAAAAUUGUCAAAUGUAAAAAUGUUCUAAUGCUAUCCAUGGCUGUAAUGUAAACGAUGGCAGAUCCACGUUCUGCAAACUCUCGUCUUGCGAAACUUAAGGAGAAUUCUUUUCUCAACAAGGUUUUAUAUUUCGAAUUGAAGAAAAAUAAUGGGCAACUCAUACCUAUAUGAUAGUAGAAACAUAUUCUAACACUGGACGUAGGUGUUUAAUUGUAUUCUACUUGAAGUUCAAUGAGUCGGGAAUUUUCAGGGAAAUUGCUAAUCCUAACACUAGAACACGAUUUAGAAUUUGCACUAAAAUGGUCAUCUCAGAACAGUAUGUUACCACUGGAUAAUGUUGAAACGGCUACGGAAAUGAAGAUUAUGUGUAUUUAAUCAGUUUAUUGUGAAUCUGUAAUAUGAUUAAAAAACAAAUUUUAAGUG